GGCCUCUCUGCGGCUCCGGGCCGGAGCUGAUCAGCCGUCCUCCCGGGCUCGAGCCCCAGCAGCCUUUAUCCCUCAGGAGCUAGAAAGCAGCCCCUUUCUGUUUCGUCCCUUCCCCGCGAGCCCCAGGGCGCUUGGGACGCGUGACCCUCUCUCGGAAGGGAGCAGGGAAGGGGCGCGAUUUGGGAGCGGGGAGCGGGGCAUUUGCAGAAGGGACGCAGCUGCGGACCGGUAGCUGGCGUCCGCUACGGAUAAAGGCUCACUGAUGGCUCAGUUGGGAGCAGUUGUGGCUGUGGCUUCCAGUUUCUUUUGUGCAUCUCUCUUCUCAGCUGUGCACAAGAUAGAAGAGGGACAUAUUGGGGUGUAUUACAGAGGUGGUGCCCUCCUGACUUCCACCAGCGGCCCUGGUUUCCAUCUCAUGCUCCCUUUCAUCACAUCGUAUAAGUCUGUGCAGACCACACUGCAGACAGACGAGGUGAAGAACGUGCCUUGCGGAACUAGUGGUGGUGUGAUGAUCUACUUCGACAGAAUUGAAGUGGUAAACUUCUUGGUCCCAAAUGCAGUGUAUGACAUCGUGAAGAACUACACUGCCGACUAUGACAAGGCCCUCAUCUUCAACAAGAUCCACCAUGAGCUGAACCAGUUCUGCAGCGUGCAUACGCUUCAGGAGGUCUACAUUGAGCUCUUCGAUCAGAUUGAUGAGAAUCUCAAGCUGGCUUUGCAGCAGGACCUGACCUCCAUGGCCCCCGGGCUCGUCAUCCAAGCUGUGCGGGUGACAAAGCCCAACAUACCCGAGGCGAUCCGCAGAAACUACGAGUUGAUGGAAAGCGAGAAGACAAAGCUGCUCAUCGCAGCCCAGAAGCAGAAGGUGGUGGAGAAGGAAGCUGAGACAGAGCGGAAGAAGGCCCUUAUCGAGGCAGAAAAAGUGGCUCAGGUGGCAGAAAUCACCUAUGGGCAGAAGGUGAUGGAGAAGGAGACCGAGAAAAAGAUUUCAGAAAUCGAAGAUGCUGCGUUUCUGGCACGGGAGAAGGCAAAGGCUGAUGCCGAGUGCUACACCGCUAUGAAAAUCGCCGAGGCAAACAAGCUGAAGCUGACCCCGGAGUAUCUGCAGCUGAUGAAGUACAAAGCCAUUGCUUCCAACAGCAAGAUUUACUUUGGCAAGGACAUCCCGAACAUGUUUGUGGACGCCGCGAGCAGUCUGGGCAAGCAGUUUGAGGGGUUCGUGGACAAGCUGAGUUUCGAUGAUGACCCCCUGGAAGUAGACCCUGAGGAGAACUGAAAUCUUUGUGUACAACCUCAAAUGACACUUAAAAGAGAUCUUUAUUUUUUAAUGAUGAACCAGGAUGCUCCUCCCUCCCACAUGACCUGCUUUGACUCUCUUCCAUGUUUGGUGGUGGAAAAAGAAGAAAUGCAUUUAAAUCGAUUUCCCUUCCUGGGAAUGGAGGGCUAGGGGUGAUGAUUUGGGGUUUUAUUCAGGUAAGUGGGUCAGAUGACUUGGGUUAAGAUUGGGAAACCAUGGUUUUGACCUUUGACCUCGAGACACUAAUUUUAGCCCUUUGAAGCUGAUUUAAGUAGGGACUGGGUCCUUACAGAGUGAGAGAAACGAGAAAUGUAGGGUGUUGCCUCCGGGUGAUUAGGUUCCCUGACUUGGGAAAACACGGACCUGUCUUCUCACCCCGGCCUCCAAGGUGGGAGAUGCCUGUGGGUGAGGCUCGGCACCGGAGCAAACGUGUGCUUCUGAGUCUGCCCGCCAAGCUGCGAGGGGACGGCUGCAGGGGAUGCUGGGCUUCACGGGUGUCUCUGUCGGGGUGUCUGGGAGUUAUUAGAGGUGCACUUUCUUGAACGUUCUUAGGGAAGAACCGUGCUAGAAUCUGCGGGCUCUUCUCUCCAACACCCCCCUUGCCCCAGGGUCUAACGGACUGGUGGUUUCCGACUACAUUCCACACACUUUUUUUAAAACUUUCCGCCUGUGCUGUGAUUCGGUUUUUUCCUCUCAAAUCUGUUGACUGGUUCCACUCGGCAUCAAGAAGACAGGAACAAACAACCCAAGUGUCUUAAUAGCUGCCGAAGUAGGGUCGUUGCCUCUCUCGGCCACCGUGGUACAUGCUUGGCCAACCACGAGUGUUCCUUGGGAUCCGGUGUCUUCUGCUGUGGGGAUCCUGCAUUGAAGAGCUCCUGUGGGGGAGGAGGAGGGCCCCCCUGGAAGAUCUCCCCAUCGUGAUGCCUCUAGCUUGCACUGGCAGUAGUCUGACGUAGCGAUAAAAAGGGAGCCUGUUCUCUGAGUAGCAGCGUUUUUAAAUCGAGGGCACCAACGGCCGCACAGGUCAGACUGAGUGCUAAGUCUCCAGGGACAGCGAUGGACGUGCAUGUCCGAGGUCCUGCCCCAGCCCCUGGGUUGGAAGGGCUGCAUCAAAAUCUGUUCAGAUGUUUGGUUUUGGCUUUAGUUUAGUUUCGUUUUUUCCAUUUCUAAUUAGGAAAACUUUGAGUCACUCUGGGAGAUUUGUGAUGGAGGAGAACAAACGUGAAAGAAAGGUUUUCUUCUAUCCUGAAAUUGGGGGGUGGGGUGUCCAGCUUAUGUAGCCCACAAGUCGUGCACCGGCUUGCUAGGUUAUCUCGAGUUAACUUGCAGACACGUUGUUACUCUGCGUGACAAGCUCUGGCUUAGGACCCGCCCUUGUUAUUAGCUGACCUCCCUACCCCCACAAAGGAACUACCACCCUCCCGCCUUGGUAAUACUAUGAAUGCUACUUACUGGCACUGAUCCCCACCUCCUGUUUGGUCCCAUGCCCAGACUUCUGGCUUAUUGAAUGGUCCCAAAAUUCGGGCCGGCUCGCUCCACAAGUAGCACCAGGCUUGUCUAGAGUCUGGGGAGCAGUCCGCCUGCUUAGGUAGAAACAAAAUGUUAACUCCUCUGAAAUGCUGCCCUUCUCUGUUUUCACCGCUGGGACUUCUCAAAGCAUUCGUCCCGGUUACCCUUUGUGCAGGCGGCCACAUGUCCGUGGGAAUGACGGACUUUAAUGUGCGCACAGGUGCUUGCAGAAGACAGGCGGUCCCCCAAGACCAACAGGGCAUCUGUCGUUAAGACAUACUCCCCUCCAUUUCGGUGCCACUGACCACUUGCUGGGAGCCACAGGACACGUGACAUCCAGCACCUCCAAUUUACCUAUUUGUCAGCUCCCCGUACCUGAGGCUUGCUGCCCGGCCUCAGAAAACACUACUUCAACCGAGUACAAGGCAAGGCUAUCUCAGCCUCUGAAGAGCACGUUGCUCAUGUCCUUAACUUGAAAGUCUCUCUAAUGCCAACACCCUGUGAUAGUUGGUCCCUCGCACUGGAUACACUUUAACCACAACAGAGUCUCAGUAAAGUCCUGCUGCACCUGCCCCGCUCACUGCUAUAGUGGCUUCAGCUUUAAACACAAAGUAUAGAUGUUGCAGUUUGGUUUAAAGUCAACUUUUCUGUAACCUGCCUGAACCAUGAAAUCAUGGAGGUCAGCGGUUUCCUCAGCUUGGGCGUUACCAGUCUGCCUGUGCAACUUUGUUUCUUUAACACUCACCCGAAAAUCUGACCUUAAAACAUUUGAAUUCUAAACAUGUAAAAUGUGACAGUCUACAGUUUUGUAGGCAGUAAAGUCAUGGCUGCUAUUUAUAAAUGGAACUUCUAUCAAAACAAGUAACUGUUUAUAAAAUUCAGUUUUUGUAGGAUUUUCCAAGGAAAAGUCACCUUGGCUGAAUGUUUCUCACUAAACUUUACAGAAGUGGUUCAUAUUCGGUACUGUUUUUAAUCGCUUUUUUAAUAUAAGGACAGAAUAUUUGCAAGGAAGCCAAAGUUUGUUACUUUUUAUAAGAGUAAAAUAAAAAAAUCUGAAAGUAACGGUGGUCAUACUCAGCUGAAGGAGGGAAAAAUUUGACAGAAUUUUAGCAAUAUAUCGACCCCAAAAAAGUUGUUUUUUAAGUGAUCUAUUGUAAUUUCUAUGGGUCUGUGUAUCUUUCAGCACUGAGAACUUUGCCAUUUACAGAGAGUAAGUAGUGAAAGUAAGAUCAUCGUAUUUACUGACUUACCUGAUAAGUUUGAUUGAAGAUAAGCCUCAAUCCUCAGUUGAAAAUAAACCUGUAUCUUGGCUAGUGGCUGCUCUGUGUCCAUGAAGUUAACCUCUGCUUUAGUGCUCAGUAAGAUUCUAGCCAUGGUUUCUAUUGCUUCCUUAGAAAAGAGUUAAUAGCCAAUCAGUUUGUGUUUGUAUUUCCAUUUCUUUUUAUUCCCAUUUCUGUGUAAGCUGGUAAUUGAAUAGUCAAACGAAUUCUACUUUGAAAGAGCCCCAAUGGUUUAAUGACCCCCCUUUGUAAAUGAGAAAUGAUUCUUGUUAUAUUAAUGACUCUACGAAUAAUAUGUUGGAUUAAUUGCCUUAGGUUGAUAGCUGGAGGAAUUGUUUUAGACAACACUAAAGGUGUGAAUUUAUAUCUGAGUUUUAUUUUCAGUCUUGCUAAAUAAAAUGAGUCUUUGUAUUUACA